AUGAAUAGUAGUAAUACAUAUUCUCCUCUCUAUAGCUCUAAUGAAAAUAUAAACAUAUAUAAGAAAAACAAAAAAAUUGAAGAAAAUUUUGAUACUUCUACUGCCAACAUAUCAUGCGAUUCAAGAGGAAGGAUAUUAAUAAAAGAGAACGAAAAUGAAAAUGAAAAAAAAAGAUCAGAAUAUAAAGAUAAAGUUUUUAACUCUUACACCAGUAAAAUUUUAAAACCUCAAGGUUAUAACACUACUACCGGUAUUGGAAUAAAAAAAGAUUUAACUAUUUUAAUGAAUAAUUGUGAUAAAAGGAAUUUUAUUUAUGAUAAUAUAUCUACUAAAAAUUAUUUGAAUUGUAGUAACAUUAAUAAUGUGGAUUGUUAUAAUUACUCAACCGUAAUUAAUAAUGAUAAUAAAAAAUAUGAAAAUAAUAUUAUAAAUAAUUGUGUAAAGGAAUUAAAUAAUUACAAUAAUAAAAAAUAUUUUGAUGUUAGAGAUUUAUUAAAUAAUAAUAAUUUAUAUAAUAAUUCAUUAAAUAAUUUUUUUGAAAGAAAUAUUAAUAAAAAUAUAAGUGAUGAAUCUAACAUAGGAAUACAUUUAAAUAAAAAUAGGAAUCUUUCAUAUAAUAAUAAUAAAUGUAUAUUUCGUAAUAAUAAUAAUCCCAUUUUUUUAAAUACUUAUCCUCCUAUAUAUUUUUAUAAUAAUAAUAAUAGUAAUAUAAAAAAAUUAAAUAAUAAUAUUACUUCUAUUAAUGUUGCUCAAAAUGCAUCUCAUCAAAAAAAAAAUGUUCAGAAUUAUGAAAAUCUUCACAUAUUAAAAUAUGGGACUAAAAAUGAUAAAUACUUCAAAAAGACUAUAUCAAAAAUUUUUAAUAGAAAAAAAGACAUAAAUAGAAGUGUAUUACAUUCUCUUAAUUCUUCUGAAUUUCUUAAAGAGUUAGAAAAAUUAAAAAAAAAUUCGUCUGUAAAUAAAAAUAGUGUUAAUUCUAUCUUACAAAAAAAAAAAAUAAAUGACAAUUCAUCUAAUACAAAAAGUGAAAAUAAUAAUGCUUUUAAUAAAAUAUAUAACUUUAUAUUUCCUUCAAGUAUAAAAAAGUCACAAAAUCAAAAUAAUUUAGAGAAACAUGUCAUAAAAAAAGAAAACAUUGAAUCAUCUCUUAAAAAUAAUCAAAAUUAUUUAAUAAAUAGAUUAAUAGAAAACGAAAAAGUACUUUUUGAUAGUAAGAAUAAUAUUAAUAAUCUAAAAGAAUAUCAACAAAAUUACAUGCCUCUUAAGAAUCAAGAGAAAUCUACAAAUAAUAUUCAUAAUUUUAAUGAAAGAGAAGAUACUAGAAAAUUGUUAUUUUCUAACAGAAAUUCCUUUUUAAGAAAAAUUAAUGAUAAAAGUCCUCCUAAUUCAAAAAAUUUAUUUUUAUAUGAUAAACAUAAAUAUCAUGAAAGGAUAUUAACAAACAUCUAUCAAUUUACAAGCGGAAAUACUCAAAAAGAUUCGAAAAUUAAAAAUAUGAACAUUUGUAAAGCCAUUAAUUUAAAAGAAAAUAAUAAUGCAAAUAAAAAAAAUUACAGCAGAAAAGACCUUUAUCUUUAUAGAAAUCCUAAAAAGGAAUCAGAGGAACUUUUAGAAAAAGAAAAGAUACAAAAUAGAAUUAUUGAAAAAGUUAACAGUAAUAUUAACGAAAAAUUAAAAAUGGAUUAUGCUUGUAUUAAUGAAAAUCAAAAUAUAAGAAGUACAAGUAAUCCACAAAAUACAUAUAAAGAAAAUAAUGAAAAUCAAUUAAAAAUAAAUAGGAAUAUAAAUUCAAAUUUAAUAAAUAAUAUUUUACACAAGCAUAAUAUUUUAAAUAGUUCCAUAAAUACACAUGAUAAGGGAGUAAACUACAGUAACUCAGAAAAAACGUGUAAUUACAACGACAAUAAUAAUGCAAAACAAAAUAUUAGUAAAUAUAGCACAAUUAAAUACAAUAAUUUUAUAAAUGAUUCAGAAAAAAUAUCAAAAAAUUCAUCAAGUAUAAAAAAUGAUAAUAUUUUGCAAAAUAAAAAUAAUUCAAAUUUAGCAUUAAUUCAUACAAAUAAACAUAUAAAUAAUAUUUUUAAAAAUAAUAAUGAUAAAAAUGUGAGUGAUAAUAAAAAUAUGAAUUAUUCUUUUUUAGAAAAGGGUAAUAUUAUAAUUAAAGGAAUAAAUAUCAUACAUGAAUCCGAAAAAGAAAACAAUGUAAUCAAAAGCAAAAACUUACAUGCAAAUGAAAAUACGAAAGUAAGUUUUGAAAAUAAAAACAAUAUACUAAACCACUCUCAGCUGAAUGAAUUUUUUUGUGAAAAAAAUAGUGAAUUAAAAAAAUCAAAUCAAAAAAAUACAUGCAUUUAUGAAAAUAUAAAAGCAGAAAAAUUAAAUUACACUUUUUUCAAUGAGGAUAAAUUAAAAAAUUCAAAUACAAAUAAUUAUAUUAACAAAAAUAUAGAUGUGAAAUCUACUGAAAAUAAUAUAAUGAAAGAUGACUCAAAAGAUAUGAAUGAUAAUAAUAUAUCAAAAAAUAUAUUACAUAUAAGUAAUAAAGAAAUGUGUAAUAACUAUAUAAAUGAAAAUAAUGAGAAAUUUACACUUUUAAAUUUACUAAAUGAUGAAAGUAAGAAAACUUAUAAGAAUAGUGACGAUCAUUUUUAUGUUCGUUCUAUUGUAUCAAUUACGGAUAAAGAUAAUUCAAUAAAAGAAAAAAAUAAUUCACAAAAAUUGUCUAUAAAAGAUAACAACAAAGCUGACUUUUCUAAAGACGUUAAAAAUAUAAUAGAUUUAAAAAACGACUCUACAAAUAAUACAAUGUUUCAAAAAUUAAACAGAAAUAUAUGUGAAAAGGAAGAGAAGUUAACAAAAAAUGAAACAUUAAUUAAUGAUGCAUUUGAAAAGAUACAUGAAAUUGAAGAUAUAAAUAACUCAAGAAAUGUAAAUCAAAAUUUUGAUGAGUUAUUAUUAUUAAAAUCAAAAGUAUAUGAUGACUUAAAUACAUGUAUUCAGUGCAUUAAUAAUUUAACAAAAAAUAAAAAAUUAUUUGAACAAUUAAAAAAAUAUAAAAAAAAACUAGAUAAAAAAAUAAAAUUAGAAAAAGUGUCAAGAAGUAGAAAUUCCAAUACUUCAGAGUCAUAUUAUACUGUGAAGAAUUCAUAUAUUUCCUCAUUAUUAUUUAAUGAAAAUAAAACUAAUGAAGUAUUAAACAUUAAAAAAGAUUUUAAAUUAGUUGAUGAUGAUAAUAAUAUUAUUAUAAAUAAUAAAAAAGACAAUAAUAUAAAUGAAAUUCAUAAUAAUGAUAAUAAUAAAAAGAGAUGUAAUAAGAAAAGUGUACCUUCUGAAAAGGAAUUGGACACUUAUAGAGAAUUUGAAAAUAAUACUCGUUCAUCAAACUUUUGUGAUGAUAAGACUAUUUCUUAUAUGAAAACAAAAAUAGAAAGUAUGGAAGAUCAGAAAAGUAAUUACAAAAUUAAUUUAUCGGAUAAAUAUUUUUUAUCAGAAGUAGAAAAACCAUAUAUAGGAAGAAAAAAAGCAUUACUAGUUACAUUAAACUAUAACGGAUUAUUAGAAGGAUGCAUAAAUGACACUUUACAAUUAUGCGGAUAUUUAAUAGAAAAGUUUGACUUCAAUGAAUUAGUUUUAUUAAAUGAUUGUAAUAUAAGCUAUAAGAAUUUUAUGGCACAAAAGGCUAAUAAAAAAAAUAUAUUAAAUAACUUGAAUAAUUUUAUAAUUAAUUCUAACAAUGGAGAUGUUUUAUUUUUUUAUUUCUGUGGUUAUUCCAUAAAAUUAGUUGAUACAAAAUUUUCAGAAAAUCAUAAUUUUGCUUUAUUACCUCAAGAUCACUCUAAAAAUAAUUAUGUAUAUUCUAAUGAAAUAUUUAAUAUAAUAAAAAAAUUAGAAGGAGGUAAGCAACUAUGUGUUAUUUUUGAUACUACUUAUACUUCAUAUUUCGUUCCUACUUUUACAUCUAUUACCUAUAAUAAAAAUAUUAAUGUAACCGAAAUAUAUAAGAAUAGUCAUUUGGAAUCAAGUAAAAAAUAUUUUAAUUCACUUAGAACGUUUGGAAAAAUUAGAGAUAGAAAUGUUGAUUCUGUAUAUAUAGAAGACCUUAAAAGACCAUUAGAUUAUGAGUUACAUAAUUACAAGGAUGAUAAUAAGAAGAUUAAGAAACCGCUUAGCCCAUCUAUUUUUUUCUUUUCUCCAGAUAUUAAAGAUAGAAAUAGUUAUGAACUUUUAAUAAAUAAUGAAGUUAGAGGUUUAUUAACAUAUUGUAUAGGAAAAUCAAUUGAAUUAUUAAAAAAUGAAUUUUCUUAUCAUGAUUUAUUUGUUGUAGCUUCUAAAUUAUUAAUUCAUAUAAAAAAUGAAUAUAAAUUAAAGUAUAUAAAAUUUAAACUUUCUUUUUCAACUGAUUAUUUGCCAGAUGAUAUAAAAUUUUUAUCUCAUGAAGGUCUUUUUUUAAAUAAAAAAAAACAAUUAGAGGAACCUAUGUGGAAAACAUCUAUAAAAUUAUACAACUUAAACAAACAUAUUCAAAAUAUUUAUGAAUUAAAAGAAAAAAAAAGUCAAGAAAAUUCUAUAAAAAAAUUCUUAAUCAUUUUUAUAAAAGAUGUAAAAUUAUUAUUAAAAAAUAAUGAUACAACUGUUGAAUAUUUUGUAAGUUCUUUUCUUAAAAGUUCCAGUGUUAAUAUUCUUUAUGUAAGGAGGAAUAACACGAAAUGUCAAAAAAUUAUUAAAGACAAAAUAUUUUUUUUAGAAUACCUAAAAUUGAAUUUAUCUGAAUUAGAAAAUACAAGAAUUUAUAUUGAACUUUUUAAAAAAAAAAAAAAAAAUUAUUUUAUUGCAAGAAGUGUAUUUAGCAUAAGAAACGUUGAUGGAAAGUAUUCUUUAACUGACGAAAAAAAAAAUACAAUUGGUAUAAUUGAUUUGACUAUUAAAUGUGUUUCGUAA